AUUUGGGGACUCCAAAUUCAAAGUCUUUGGUCGAGUCCACUUAAUUUUUUUGUUAUGCGCCCGAAUUUCUCCAUAGUCUACUUCUUUUCCCACAAGUGGGGUUAUGCUUUUGAAGAAAAACAUGCAGAAGUUACAUUUAGUUGACUCGGCACGCGAAGACCAGAAGGAACUAUAUUUACAUACACAAAUAGCCUCAAUUGUUACAAAAAAUUUUAAAGUUAAAUCUGUUUUAAAACCAUGGCUUUCACUUCUCCAUAUUCUCACUAUCUCAUUCUGCUUUUUCUGCUACCAGUUUAUGUUUUAGCUAAAACAUCUCAGAACAUAACAUUGGGCUCUUCAUUAACUGCAGCACUGAAUCAAAACUCUUCCUGGAAGUCUCCAUCCGGUGAUUUCGCAUUUGGCUUCCAACAAAUAGAAGCUGGAAUGUUCUUGCUAGCCAUAUGGUUUGACAAAAUACCUGAAAAAACCAUUAUUUGGUCAGCCAAUGGUGGCAAUCUGGUGCAACAAGGAUCCAAAAUUCAACUCACAAAAGAUGGCCAGUUCAGGCUCAGUGACUCCGAAGGCAAGGACGUAUGGGUGGCUACAUUGGAAGGCUUCGGUAUUGUUUCAUAUGCAGCUAUGCUCGACACUGGGAACUUUGUGCUGGCCAGCCAGGACUCCAACAACUUGUGGGAGAGUUUUAAUCUACCCACUGACACACUAGUACCCACACAAAUAUUGAAACCAGGCAGCAAACUUGUAGCCCGUUAUGCACAGACCAAUUAUUCAGGUGGAAGAUUUACCUUUGUGAUGGAACUGAAUGGAGAUCUUGCAGCCUACACCACAAGGUUCCCACUGGAUGCAAUGAAUUACAAUUACUGGGCAUCUAAUACAACAGGCACUGGCGUCCAAGUUAUCUUUAACCAGUCUGGCUACAUCUACCUAGAAGCUAAAAAUGGAAGCAUACUCAGUUAUAUAACAUCAAGCGGAAAUUCGUCUAGGGACUACUACCAGCGAGCAAUCCUUGAAUAUGAUGGGGUCUUCAGGCGCUAUGUCUAUCCAAAGAAUAAUAGUGUUACCGCUAGAAGGGAUGUAGCCUGGUCCUUUUUGUCCCACAUACCAGGAGAUAUUUGCACGAGCGUAGGAAAAUACCUAAGUAGCGGGUUUUGCGGGUACAACAGCUACUGUAUUAUAGGAAAUGAUCAGAGACCUAAAUGCCUAUGCCCACCUGGAUACUUGUACUUGGAUCCUGAUGAUGAAAUGAAGGGAUGCAAGCGGGGUUUUGUCUCGCAUGAGUGUGAUGGAGGCCAAAAUGCAGAUCUUUUUGAAUUCCAGGAUAUGGUGGAUACACAUUGGCUCGGGUCACUGUAUGAAUAUUUCAGCGCAGUUACUGAGGAUUGGUGUAGACAGACUUGUUUGAGUGAUUGCUAUUGUGCUGUUGCAUUUUUCCACAAUGGUGACUGUGUGAGCUCGUCAUAUCCUCUAUUCAAUGGGGUAACUGAUGCUAGUUUUGGGGGAAAAUCACUCAUCAAAAUAAGGAAAGGCAAUUCUACAUCAACUUCUACAGGUUCAAGUGGGGGUUCAAGCGAUUGUUCAAAGAGGCAGAAGUUGACGCUGAAUCUUAUUCCAACUCUGCUCUUAAGUAGCUCAGCAUUUUUUAACCUCAUUCUGUUGAUCACUACUCUAUGGUUUGUUUUGGGCUCAAGAUACAGGAAAAGAACGAUGCUUCAACCUUCCAGAGCAACCCAUGGCAUGAUGAGUUUGCAAAGCUUCACCUACAAGGAGCUUGAGGAAGCUACCAAAAAUUUUGAAGAGGUACUUGGAAUGGGUGCUAGUUCAACAGUUUACAAAGGUGUUUUAGAUACUAUAAAUAAGAAUUUGAUCGCCGUUAAAAGACUGCACAAGCACAAGUUGGAGGAAAACCAUAAUGAGAAGGAAUUUCAAGCAGAAAUGAGUGCAAUUGGGAAGACCAACCACAUAAAUCUUGUGCGGCUGCUAGGAUUCUGCAAUGAAGAAGAACAUCGACUUUUGGUAUAUGAAUACAUGACAAAUGGAUCUUUAGCAUCUUAUCUUUUCAGCAAUCCAAGGCCCAGUUGGAAACAGAGAACUGAAAUUGCUUUUGGAACUGCAAGAGGGCUUGUUUAUUUGCAUGAAGAGUGCAGCAAUCAGAUCAUCCACUGUGACAUCAAGCCUCAAAAUAUCCUUCUAGAUGACUCAUUUACAGCAAAAAUUGCAGACUUUGGAUUAGCAAAACUUUUGGAGAAAGAUCAAACACGAACUCUCACAAAACUUAGGGGAACAAGAGGAUAUGUUGCUAGAGAAUGGUUCAAAGACAUACCUGUCACAGUCAAGGUUGAUGUUUACAGCUUUGGAAUUCUACUGCUCGAGCUCAUUUGUUGUAGGAAGCAUUAUGAGAAAGAUGAAGAGGACGAAGACAAAAAGAUAUUGGCUGACUGGGCAUAUGAUUGCUAUAAACAUCGGACGCUGUACCUGCUAGUUCAGGACGAUGAAGAAGCAAUUGAAGACAUUGAGAGGGCAGCGAAGUUUGUGAUGAUUGCCAUUUGGUGCAUUCAAGAAGAACCAUCACUAAGACCCACUAUGAAGAGAGUCUCGCAGAUGCUAGAAGGAACUCUUGAAGUUCCUCUUCCUCCACUCAACAGUCAAUCCUGAUUUAUCAGUUCAACGUAAAUCUACAGAGGCCUCACGAUCUGUUAAUAAAAAGAAUUCAAUAUUGUUCUGCAGAUUCAUGGGAUGAUUUCUAGCUAGUGUAUGGGAGUGUGACUUGCCUCCUGAGUCCUCCCCUGGGAGGUGUACCUCCCCAGGUUCGGUUUUCAAAUCCCAACCUCCAAUCUCUUCUCCUACCAUACUAUACCCCAAAAGAGAAAAAGUCACCAUCAAAUGUAAAAACCAAGAUAUCUUCCAAUGCCAUAAAUAUUGUCUUUGGGUGUUUGUUUUUAGGUUUAGGAGGAACAAAUCAAAGUCCAUGUUAGGCAAAGUAAAGAAGUAAAGUGUCAAUGCUAACCAUACGAGAGAGAAACCUACAAUUUUUAACAUUGUCAUGAUGUAACAUAGAGAACUACAGAAAGAAACUGGGAUAUAAGAGUCUACUAAACAACAAAUAUUUACACUUUAAUGCUCCAAGUGUACGAACAAUAUUUGAAGUUCCAUCUUCUGGGUUGUACAUAUCUUUAUUUCGCAAAUGAAAUGGAAGUCUAUGAAGAAAAAUCAUAGAAAGCUUUAUAAAGGUAGAAAAGAAAGGGACUGGUUACCUGCAGCAAGACCUUUAAUUUUUUAAGCAUAUAUGGUCGACGUGAUUCUUGCGCUUCAUUGAAAGUCUAUUUCUUAUACAGGUGUUCGACUUCUAUAAUCCAUGUUAAACCUUCAGACAAAGUAGAACCUGUAUUCAUGGCUUCUGCUUAUCCUAAUUCUCUCUACCCCAUCCUACUAUGUCUGCUACCAGUCUCUGUCCUAGCUCAAACAUAUAAGAAUAUAACCUUGGGCUCCUCAUUAACUGCAGUUUAAUGAUAACUCUUCCUGGACAUCUCCAUUUGGUGAAUUUACAUUUGGCUUCCAAAUCCCUAGCUUCCCUUCUUCUAUACUCUACCCAGAAAAAAGAAAAAGGAAAAAAAAGU